GAAGGUAUUAUCUAUUUAAUACAUAUCGAUAACUUUAUUUUUUUAUUUUCUUCCAGCUCGGCCUACAAUACAAAACAUUCCGAACAUUUUAAUCCAUGGGACAUCUUAAAUUGAGAAGAAAAUAAUUCACCAAUAGCAAGCAUCAAUUGCGUUGUUAAUUGGUCUACCGCCCGUCAUGUUCGAAAAUCUCUGUACACUGCCUUUGAGCGCCGAACUCUUCGCCCAAGCCAUACAUCCAACAGAACCUCUUCUAGGUGUAGGUCUUUCGACAGGCCAUGUUCAAUGUUUUCGCCUACCUGCUGCUGACCCGACCGAAGACGAUGCCGACAUAAGUGUUCUUUCCGACGGAAAAGGGACAAUUGAUACCGUAUGGCGAACUAGAAGGCAUAAGGGCAGUUGUCGCACUUUGGCAUUCAGCAAUGAUGGAAAUGCUCUUUACUCGGCCGGCACAGACUAUCUUCUCAAACACUUUUCUCCGACAACCGGCCAAGUCGCCUCUAAAAUUGCCAUCCCUUCUACUAAAUCCGUCCCCGACUCGCCCUCUUUACUCCAUGUUCUUUCGCCCCAGACACUAUUGCUUGCUUGCGACUCGGGUGCGUUACACCUCCUCGAUCUGCGGGAUGGCGCGCUUGCAGCAUCGAAACCCCAACAAACACAUUUCCCUCAUGACGACUUCGUCUCGAGUAUUACUCCACUCCCAGCAUCUGCCGAGAGUACUAGCGGUUAUAGCAAACAAUGGAUAUCUACAGGUGGUACGACAUUAGCUGUUACGGAUCUGCGACGGGGCGUCUUAGUCCGCAGCGACGAUCAGGAAGAUGAACUUCUAUGCACGGCUUUCAUAUCGGGUAUGGGACCUAAGAAAAAUCGAGAUAAUGGGGUAGUAGCAGUAGGCACCGGUACUGGAGUCCUCACUCUAUGGGACAAGGGUGCUUGGGAUGACCAACAAGAUCGCGUAGUUGUUGACCCCACGAAAGGAGGCGGCGAGAGUUUAGACUGCAUCGUCCAAAUUCCCGCGGAAGUAGCAGGAGGAAAGAAAGUUGCAGUUGGCUUAGGAGACGGCAGCUUGCGCAUUGUCGACCUAUUAAAGAGAGAAGUAGAGGGAUCCUUGUUACACGAUGAUAUUGAGGCGGUAGUUGGCCUUGAUUUUGAUUGCCAAGGCCGUAUGAUUAGUGGUGGCGGCCAAACUGUCAAAAUUUGGGAGAGGUCAUCUUUACAAGGGAACGGUUUAGACGAAGACGACGAUAGUGAAGAUGAAGAAGACGAGUCGGACAACUCAGACGAUGAUGGCGACGACAACGCAACGAAUGGGAACAAGGGCAAACGCCAACCGAACAGCGAUUCGGACGACGAUAGCGACGACAGCGACGAAGAAACGUCGCAUAAAAAGAAGAGAAGGAAAGGAAAGACCAAUGUCGACCUCGGGCCUCACGGAGCUCAUGGUGUGUUACGAUUCAAGGGCCUUGAUUAGCCGACCCUUCACCAGGACAUCAUCCUCUCAAUUCCAUACCCAGCUACGAUGAAAUCCGAACUAAAUCUAGUUAAUUAAUUGACAAUAUUUCGAGACAAGUCUCAUGGGAGGGAAGAGGAGGUACGUAAAAGGAAUCUAUUUGCUCUAAUUUCUAGUUCUAUGGGUAUCGCA